AUGAAUGGUUUAAUGGUGCCAAAAUUUGAUUAUUUGUUAAAUAAGUGGAGUGUGUUUCAAUUUCAAUUGGAACAGUUUUUCGUUGCAAAUGAUGUGGCAGACGAUGGAAAGAAAAAAGCUAUUUUGCUGACCUCCCUCACCGAAGGCUCUUAUAUUUUGUUGGAAAAUUUGUUAAGUCCAACGAAACUGGAUUCGGCGACAGCUACAUUUUCAUUGUGUAUUUCGGCGAUGAAAACGCAUUUUAAAGCACCAUCAUGUGGAUUUGCGGAACGUUUUAAAUUUUAUUCCGCAACUAAGUCACCGUGUGAAACUACAAAUGAAUGGGCAGUUCGGGUGCGCACGUUAGCCGCACAAUGUGAAUUUGGAAAUAUAUUAUCCACAGUCGUCCGAGAUAAAUUUAUAAUGGGACUAGAAAGAGGCCCGGCUCGAGACAAAAUUUUUUUAGAAUCCCUAUCGCUCACAUUUGAAAAUGCUCUCGAAAUUGCAAACAAUGCUGAGUACAUAAAAAACCAGUAUGAAGUUGAGGUUAAGUCCGAAAACGAUGUUAACUAUAUGCGCAGAAAUAACGGUAGAGGUGCAUGGCAGAACGAUCAACCAAAGCAAUCGCUACAAUAUUCACGAAAUCAACCGAUGAGAAUACAACAGCGUGAACAUCAACGAGAUGUACAAGAACAGCAAGUAAGACAAGGACAGCUAUGUGCGCGAGGGCACUUGAAGAAGAUGUGUAAGGCAAAAAAUAUGAAUUUUAUGGAAGAUGAUGUAGCAGUGACAGAAGACAGCUUAAACCUUUUUUCAAUGUUGAGUGAAGCAGAUGGUCCUAUUAAGGUAAACGUUAGUAUAAACAUGAACAUAUUGAACAAAUUUAGUAAACUUUUCGAUGGUGGUCUAGGAUUAUUUAAAAACAGUCAGGCCAGUCUAAAAUUGAAAGAAGGGACAACGCCAAGAUUUUUUAGACCACGUCCGGUGCCACUAACAAUUAGAGAAAAAGUGGAAACGGAAAUUGAUAAACUACUGUCUAUGGGAGUACUUGAACCGGUGGAUUACAGUGAUUGGGGUACACCGAUUGUGCCAAUUUUAAAAAGGGAUGGUGGUAUUCGCAUUUGCGGCGAUUUUAAAGUUACCCUGAAUAAAUGUAUACAUGUUGAAAAAUAUCCUUUGCCUAGAAUAGAGGAAAUCUUUUCAAAACUUCAUGGGGGAGAAGAGUUUACAAAACUUGAUCUUAGUAUGGCUUAUCAACAAAUAGAACUAGAUCAAGAUUCUCGCAAAUAUACAACUAUUUCUACAUCGAAAGGACUUUUCCAAUAUACCAGGUUAAUAUACGGUUUGGCUUCGGCGCCAGCAAUUUUUCAAAAAAUAAUGGAUUCUUUGUUAGCUGGAUUGGAUGGAGUGGUCGUGUUUAUUGACGAUAUACUUAUUAGUGCUCCAAAUAGGGAAUUGCACGUCGAGCGAGUAGAAAGAGUACUUCGGCUGUUGUCAGAAGUUGGUUUCAAAUUGUCUGCUGAAAAGUGCGAAUUUUUUUGCAAAAAAAUUAAGUAUCUAGGUCAUAUCAUAGAUAAGGAUGGUUUGCAUGUAGAUCCAGAAAAAGUAAAGAGUUUAGAGAAUUUGCUAACGACAAUGGAAUUGAGCUUAUCACGACACCUGUGGGAAACCCUGCAACUAAUGGGCAAGCAGAAAACGCAGUAA